CUCACAAUCUACCCCCGCAACUCAGAUAAUACCAUCGAACAUAUCAAAUAAAUCAGCGAGUAUUUCCGCUACCACAACAAUUCUCAAUAAUACUAUCACAAAAUCCAGCGGUAGUGCCUCCACCUCAGCUCUCGGCACAAAUUCUGGCGCAACCUCGACAACUUCCUCAACCCCUCUUCCAACGCCCACCAAUAAUCCCAAUGACAAUGUGAUAGUUGCCUAUUGGGCCUAUUGGAGGCGUGGGUUUUUGGCCGAAAACAAUUUGCCUUGGACGGAAAUUACACAUCUUAAUUUUGCUUUUGCUUUGGUGGAUGAAACGUUCGCGCUAAAUUUCAGCUCCGAAAAUCAAUUGAUUUUAGGUGCCAUGGUUUCUUAUGCGCAUGCAAACAAUGUUAAUAUUUCGAUUGCAAUUGGAGGAUGGACAGGAAGUCAAUAUUUUAGCACAUUAGCUUCGUCUUCCAGUUCACGAGCGAAAUUUAUAAAUUCCACUGUUUCAUUCGUUAAUCAAUUUAAAUUGGACGGGGUUGACAUCGAUUGGGAAUAUCCGGGAAGAAAAGGGAUGGCUUGCAAUGCCAUCAGCCCGAACGACACGAACAAUUUUCUUGCCUUGAUAACAGAGCUACGGGCGGCACUCGGAAAUGACAAGUUGUUAACCUUGGCGGUAAGAGGGGAGACAUUUGACGGACCUGACAGACCAAUUAGUGAUGUUAGCGCUUUUGCCAAAUUAGUGGACUGGGUUAAUGUGAUGGCAUACGAUGUUAGCGUUGACGAUGGAUCAGGGGCCGAAUGGACAAAGCUCACAGGACCAAAUGCACCUUUCGAUGUCCCCGGCACAACUACAAACCAAGUAUCAUUCAAGAAUGCCGUUUCCAAUUGGCUGAAUGCGGGUAUGCCUGCGUCCAAAAUGGUAAUGGGCAUAGAGUUCCUGGGAAGAGCGCAGAAAGCGCUCGCACCGAUGUCAUCAAGUCAAUAUGUUCCUCGGGAUCCGGUGGUUCCGCAAGGAGAUCAAUCGGAUCAACUUUGGGCGGAUCCCUGCCCAAAUUCCAAACCGGCGUAUUCAGGAAUAUGGAGUUGGUAUGGGUUAAGAGAACAAGGGAUUCUAACAUGCACAUUGAACACGACUGACGAGGGUUGGGUACGAAACUUUGACAACACAACGCAGACACCAUGGCUAUACAAUCAAGGGACAGGAAUCUAUAUAUCAUAUGAUGAUCCACAAUCUAUCUAUAUGAAAAUUGUUUACAUCAGACAACAAGGGUUGAGAGGAGUAAUGGUCUGGGACUUGACGGAGGAUAACGGACAUGAAUUACUGGAUGUGGUUCAGGUGAUAAGAAAGGAAAGUUUAGGAGGUGCGCCAAGUAAUGAUUGCAGUGGGGGAAAUGUCAGUGGUAAUAAUGUUGGUGGUAAUGCAAGUGGGAAGGACGGCGGAGGAUUGGCUCUUAGCGUGGGAGCGAUCGCCGCAAUUACCCUCGGCCUCGCCGCCUUCUUCUCACUAUUGUCAUUUGUGGUGCAGUGGCUCAAGAUUAGAGCAUCCGAGACUGUGAAUCUUCAUGACGAUGGCGGCGCCAUGGACAUGGAUGAAAAAGACGGAGGAUGA